AUGACGGACAACAUCCCGCUGCAGCCGGUGCGCCAGAAGAAGCGGAUGGACAGCAGGCCCCGCGCCGGGUGCGGCGAGUGGCUGCGAUGCUGUGGUGGAGGCGAGCCCAGGCCGCGCACAGUCUGGUUGGGGCGCCCGGAGAAGAGGGACCAGCGGUACCCUCGAAAUGUCAUCAACAAUCAGAAAUACAACUUCUUCACCUUUCUGCCUGGGGUGCUGUUUAAUCAGUUCAAAUACUUCUUCAACCUCUACUUCCUGCUUCUCGCCUGCUCCCAGUUCGUCCCCGAGAUGCGACUCGGCGCGCUCUACACCUACUGGGUUCCCCUGGGCUUCGUGCUGGCCGUCACCAUCAUCCGCGAGGCGGUGGAGGAGAUUCGAUGCUAUAUGCGGGACAAGGAAGUGAACUCCCAGGUCUACAGCCGCCUCACGGCGAGAGGGACGGUGAAGGUGAAGAGCUCCGGCAUCCAGGUGGGAGACCUCAUCAUCGUGGAGAAGAACCAGCGGGUCCCUGCUGACAUGAUCUUCCUGAGGACAUCAGAAAAAAACGGGUCCUGCUUCCUGCGGACGGAUCAGCUGGACGGGGAGACAGACUGGAAGCUUCGCCUUCCCGUGGCCUGCACGCAGAGGCUGCCCACCGCUGCCGACCUUCUUCAGAUUCGCUCGUAUGUGUAUGCGGAAGAGCCGAACAUCGACAUUCACAACUUCGUGGGGACCUUCACCCGAGAGGACAGUGACCCCCCGAUCAGCGAGAGCCUGAGCAUAGAGAACGCACUCUGGGCCGGCACAGUCACCGCGUCAGGUACCGUCGUGGGUGUUGUUCUUUACACGGGGAGAGAACUCCGGAGUGUCAUGAACACCUCGAAUCCUCGAAGUAAGAUCGGCCUGUUCGACCUGGAGGUGAACUGCCUCACGAAGAUCCUCUUCGGAGCCCUGGUGGUGGUGUCGCUGGUCAUGGUCGCCCUCCAGCACUUCGCCGGGCGUUGGUACCUGCAGAUCAUCCGCUUCCUUCUCUUGUUCUCCAACAUCAUUCCCAUCAGCCUGCGUGUGAACCUGGACAUGGGCAAGAUCGUGUACAGCUGGGUCAUUCGCAGGGACUCAAAAAUCCCUGGGACCGUGGUUCGCUCCAGCACGAUUCCGGAGCAGCUGGGGAGGAUUUCCUACCUACUCACAGACAAGACUGGAACUCUUACCCAGAAUGAGAUGGUUUUCAAACGGCUCCAUCUCGGCACGGUAGCCUAUGGCCUCGACUCAAUGGAUGAAGUUCAAAGCCACAUUUUUAGUAUUUACACCCAGCAGCCCCAGGACCCGCCGGCUCAGAAGGGCCCCGCGCCGACCACCAAGGUGCGGCGGACCAUGAGCAGCCGCGCGCACGAAGCAGUCAAGGCCAUCGCGCUCUGCCACAACGUCACCCCCGCAUACGAGUCCAGUGGCCUCGCCGACCAGGCCGAGGCCGAGAGGCAGCACGACGACUCCUGCCGCGCGUACCAGGCGUCCAGCCCGGACGAGGUGGCCCUAGUGCAGUGGACCGAGAGCGUGGGCUUGACGCUGGUGGGGCGCGACCAGUCUUCCAUGCAGCUGAGGACCCCUGGCGACCAGAUCCUGAACUUCACCAUCUUGCAGCUCUUCCCCUUUACCUACGAAAGCAAGCGCAUGGGCAUCAUCGUGAGGGAUGAGUCAACCGGGGAGAUCACGUUCUACAUGAAGGGGGCGGAUGUGGUCAUGGCAGGCAUCGUGCAGUACAACGACUGGCUGGAGGAAGAGUGUGGAAACAUGGCCCGAGAGGGGCUCCGGGUGCUCGUGGUGGCGAAGAAGUCUCUAGCAGAGGAGCAGUAUCAAGACUUCGAGGCCCGCUAUGUCCAGGCCAAGCUGAGCGUGCACGACCGCUCCCUGAAAGUGGCCACGGUGAUCGAGAGCCUGGAGAUGGAGAUGGAGCUGCUGUGCCUGACGGGUGUGGAGGACCAGCUGCAGGCGGACGUGAGGCCCACCCUGGAGACGCUGAGGAACGCCGGCAUCAAGGUUUGGAUGCUGACGGGGGACAAGCUGGAGACAGCCACAUGCACAGCGAAGAACGCACACCUGGUGACCAGGAGCCAGGACGUCCACAUCUUCCGGCCGGUGACCAACCGCGGCGAGGCGCACCUGGAGCUGAACGCCUUCCGCAGGAAGCACGACUGCGCGCUGGUCAUCUCCGGAGACUCCCUGGAGGUGUGCCUCAAGUACUACGAGCACGAGUUCAUGGAGCUGGCCUGCCAGUGCCCGGCGGUGGUCUGCUGCCGCUGCGCGCCCACGCAGAAGGCCCAGAUUGUGCGUCUGCUCCAGGAGCGCACGGGGAGGCUGACCUGCGCAGUAGGCGACGGCGGCAAUGACGUCAGCAUGAUCCAGGAGUCGGACUGCGGCGUGGGUGUGGAGGGAAAGGAGGGCAAGCAGGCUUCAUUGGCUGCCGACUUCUCCAUCACUCAGUUCCGGCACCUCGGCCGCCUGCUCAUGGUGCAUGGCCGCAACAGCUACAAGCGCUCGGCCGCCCUCAGCCAGUUUGUCAUCCACAGGAGCCUCUGCAUCAGCACCAUGCAGGCUGUGUUUUCAUCUGUGUUUUACUUCGCCUCCGUCCCCCUCUAUCAAGGAUUCCUCAUCAUUGGGUACUCCACCGUCUACACCAUGUUCCCCGUCUUCUCUCUGGUCCUGGACAAGGACGUCGAGUCGGAAGUGGCGAUGCUGUACCCCGAGCUCUACAAAGACCUGCUCAAGGGACGGCCACUGUCUUACAAGACGUUCUUGAUAUGGGUUUUGAUCAGCAUCUAUCAAGGGAGCACCAUCAUGUACGGGGCGCUGCUGCUAUUCGAGUCGGAAUUCGUGCACAUCGUGGCGAUCUCCUUCACAUCGCUCAUCCUCACGGAGCUGCUCAUGGUGGCCCUGACCAUCCAGACCUGGCACUGGCUGAUGACGGUGGCCGAGCUGCUCAGCCUGGCCUGCUACAUCGCCUCCCUGGUGUUCCUCCACGAAUUCAUCGACGUGUCCUUCAUCGCCACGCUGCCCUUCCUGUGGAAAGUGUCCGUCAUCACCCUGGUCAGCUGUCUGCCCCUCUACGUCCUCAAGUACCUGCGACGCCGCUUCUCGCCUCCCAGCUACUCGAAGCUCACGUCCUAG